CUCAAAUCCUUCUCUAGAAACUGAUCCAGAAACUUUUUCAGAUUGAUCCGCUACUUUAAAUGUGGCAACGUGCUAUCCUUACCCCUGGAGAUCCAUUUCGCUCUCUCUUGCCGUAGUGAUCGAAAAUAUUUGUUAGUAGGGAUCAAAUUCUAGGGUUUCUCGCACUAAAACUUGGAAUGGCUGCCUCUACUAAGUGCUAGAGCAAUGGAAGCGAAGAGGUUUCAUAAGGCCAUGACCUUCUUCUACUCCAAGCCAGUGUUCAGUGCUGUUCUCAUAGUUUUUCCACUGGUCUUGUUGGUUAUUUUUCUGUCCGCUGGUGCAUCAAUUUCACAGAGAUACCUUCUUCCCACUCCCCGACGGAUUUUUUCUCCAAUGGAAUGGAUGGGGAAAUCAGAGAUAUGGAGUGUGCCUCGCCUUUCAGAGUGGAGGCCAUGUGAUUGGUGGAAAGAUCAAUAUCUAUUAGCUCUUCCUGAGAGGACAAAUGGCUACAUUCGAGUGGAUUGCUAUGGUGGUCUCAACCAGAUGAGGCGUGAUUUUUGUGAUGGUGUUGGUAUAGCCCGUUUACUUAAUGCAACCAUAGUCCUGCCAAAAUUUGAGGCGGCCGCCUACUGGAACGAGACAAGUGGUUUUGCAGAUGUAUUUGAUGUGGAUUACUUUAUUCAACAAAUGAGAGGAUUCAUAAAUGUUUUGAAAGUGGUGCCAGAUGAAUUGGCCUCUAAAGAACCUGUAAGAGUUGAUUGCAGCAAACGCAAAGGCCCCUUUGAUUACAUCGAAUCUGUUCUUCCUUCUCUUCUUGAACACAGAUACAUCUCCAUCACCCCGGCCAUGAGCCAAAGAAGAGAUAGGUAUCCUUUCUAUGCCAAGGUAGCCCUCUGCCAAGCUUGCUACAAGGCCCUACAACUCACUAAGUCCUUGGAAAACAAAGGCUCCAAGCUUCUCGCAGCCAUACCCAAACCCUUUUUAUCCCUUCACCUAAGGUUUGAACCUGACAUGGUGGCUUACAGCCAAUGUGAGUAUUCUGGCCUCUCUCCCUUCUCAAAGGAAGCCAUAGAUGCAACUCGAGGAGAUAGAAAACCCUGGACGGGUGAUGUUGCUCGCACAUGGAGAAAACGUGGAAAGUGCCCUCUCACCCCGAAAGAAACGGCUUUUAUUCUACAAGCUCUGAAUAUCCCAACCAACACAAACAUUUAUCUAGCUUCCGGCGACGGUCUUUUGGAGAGAGACAGUUUCACUUCUGUGUAUAAGAAUGUCUAUGCAAAAUCGAUGCUACUUGGAGAUAAGGUUUUAGAGAUGCAUGGUAACACAAAAGCUGCUUUGGAUUACUAUGUAUCAAUACAUAGUGAUGCUUAUGUCGCCACUUAUUUCGGAAACAUGGAUAAGAUGGUAGCUGCAAUGAGAGCUGGGAUGGUUUUUUCGAAAACACUUUUCCUUAAUAGGAAGGCAUUUGCAGAGGCAGUUUUUAAUGGACUUAAAGAGAGAGAGCUUGUUAAGGCUUUGUGGGAGGCUCAUAAGGAUGAUUAUGCAGUGGGCAGAGGGUCUGCUUUGCCGGAUUGUUUUUGUGAGGUUGGGUUGUGACCUACAUGUAGCAAAAGUUUGGGAAGUUUGGGAAAAUUUUGCCGUGUUAUAGACGUUAAUUUUACAUUUUGUAUUUUGACAAAAAUGGCUUUUAGGCAUAAUAUUUUCACAGUGCUUUGAAGUGUACAUUUACCCCCAAA